AUUCCGGUCGCGCGCCGCUAACGUACGGACGUAUACAACACGUUCACCGUCGCACGAUCCUAUCGAAGCUUUUUGUUCCGCAUUUGUAUUUUUUAAUAUCAGCCAACCAAAAAAAAAUCGUGGGACUCGUUUCUUAUUUAGAAGUUUUGAAUAAAGAACGCGAGGUGGCGUACGGUGCCGGUGAUAACGGAAAGUGAUGUGAUUUGUGUGUUGUGGUGCAAUGUGUUGAGGUUGGGUUGUUCAGCAUGGGGUACGCGUCGACGGGAGCGGGGCGGGCAGCGCACGAGGCCCUCCUGGCCCGCCAGGACGCGGAGCUGAGGCUCAUGGAGUCGAUGAAACGAAGUCUACAGGCUAAGAUGAAGAGUGACAGAGAAUACGCACUCGCUCUAUCCGCUGCAGCAGCACAAGGGCAGAAGAUGGAUAAGUGCGAGGAACUUAACGGUUCCGUGAUAGCGUCAGCUUGGCGCACUAUGACUGAAGAGUGGGAGAGUACUAGCCGACUGAUCAAAGCUAAUGCAGAAGCACUGGAAUCUAGAGCCUUAGACCGUCUCACAGCCCUAAUGGUAGAGCGCAGGAAAGCCAGGAAGGUUUACCAAGAAGACCACACCAAAAUCUCUUCGCAGUUUACACAGAAUGCCGGAAGAAUAGAAGUUUGUCGUGAAUGUGGCACAGGUAGUAUAGAAUCGUUGCUCUCGGUACUUUAUCAUUAUGUUCUGUCAGUAUCACCGUUUCGAAUCACGUCCUGUAACGAUAACGCACUCUGA